AUGGACUGCAACUGUGUCAGUGAUCUACUGCUCCCCCCUGUGCCUGCCCUCUGGACACCAGGGUUCGCCUUCCCGGACUGGGCCUACAAGCCCGAGUCGAGCCCGGGCUCCAGGCAGAUCCAGCUGUGGCAUUUCAUCCUGGAGUUGCUGCAGAAGGAGGAGUAUCAGGGUGUGAUCGCCUGGCAGGGGGACUACGGGGAGUUCGUCAUCAAGGACCCAGACGAAGUGGCCCGACUGUGGGGGAUAAGGAAGUGCAAACCUCACAUGAACUACGACAAGCUGAGCAGGGCUCUGAGGUAUUACUACAACAAGCGGAUUUUGCACAAAACAAAAGGGAAGCGUUUCACGUACAAGUUUAACUUCAGCAAGGUGGUGCUGGUGAACUAUCCCAUCCUGGACAUGGCCAACUCUCCCUUCUUUCUGGCUCAGAACCACUUUAACGGGGGCUCCGCCACACCAGACUGCAGCCCAGAGGUACGAAAUGCCAUACAGUCGCUGUUUCCUCGUUUGCCCGAAACUGGCAGAGGAACGUCGCUGUUUGAUCGAGGCUCUGCAGCGGCGGCACCCGAAGGAGACAAACUGAGACUGGACGCGUUCCCCUUCCUCAGUUCAGGUGCCCCGUGCUAUUCCAAGCCCCCAUCCCUGCUGGGCCCGUACCCUCGCAACCCACCCUUCGACUACCCCUGGGGCUUCAACCCCUACCUCCCAGGGGCCUUCUCUCUCAAUAACUGCCCCAAACUGCCCCCUGGCUCCCUCUACCCCUCCCAAUUUUACCCCAACCCUUUGCAGAGCAGCCUAUCCCAGCUGCCUCACCCCUUCUCCUCACUGCUCCCCCCUGGUGAGGUUGGGGGGGGUGAGAGGGGGCAAACCGGUGGGACAAACGGCACAGCGGGUGGUCAGCCAACCCGACUCUGCCUGCCGCCCUAUCCAGGCAGCCUGAUGCUGGGACGGACAGAAAUCGCGAACGGGGCAACUCUGGGGGAAAGGGAGCGGGUGGAGGCCAACCCCCCUGGCACGGGGCUGAGUCUGGGGCUGGGAGCCGUCAGCCUCGGAGCUGGGACAGGGACUGGCCAGCAGAGCCCCUCGGAGAGGAGAGGGGGCGUGAAGCAGGACCCGGAGUCAGACUCUGAUCUGGAGAUAACGGAUCUGAGCGACUGCAGCUCGGAAAACGAGAACGAGCACGAAUUCGGCAUUGGGAAGGGGUCCGGCCUGGUGAACCGACCGCAACUCGUGCUGGAUGGAAAGAAGGGGAGCAUGCUGCCCCCCAUCUCCUCGCUCCCCCCACCAGUGUCCCCCCAUCCCCUGAAGAGCCUGAUGCCAAUCACUCCUCCGCCCCCAUCUUUGCCUCCGUCUCUCUCCCCUUCCAUGGCUCUGCAUGACAGACACAGGGAGGCAGAGACUCUGAAAAUGAUCCACAGCUAA